GGUCCUAAAAUUGGCUAUCAGUUCAGCUGCCGCAAAGGACGCUCGUUUAGGCCAUUUGCGCAAAACCCAAAAUCUAUGGCGCAGGUACUGAUGAGCCUACGAGUGUCAACCGCAGCACUACCGCAGCAUCACCACAACUCAUCUUUGACACGGCCAGCCAAAAAGAGCUUUAGUUCUUUACAACACAAACUACAGUGUAAUGGCAGAUUCACUUGCCUUUUCUCCAACAACCGUAAACAGGACGAGGCUAGAAAAGCUUUAGAAGGUGCUUUGGGAGGAAAGAAAAGUGAGUAUGAGAAAUGGGAUAAAGAAAUUAAACGAAGGGAGGAAGCAGGUGGCGGAGACAAUUCUGGGGGAGGCGGUUGGUUUAAUUGGCGUAGAUGGUUUGAUGGCUCCGACGAUGGUCGUUUCUGGCAGGAAGCCCAACAAGCAAGCCUUGCUAUUUUGGGUAUUAUUGUCAUGUACUUAAUAGUUACAAAAGGAGACAUGAUACUUGCUGUCAUAUUCAACCCUCUGCUGUUCACGCUGCGAGGAGCAAGGAACGGGUUUACCUUUGUAACAUCACAGAUUAUGAGAAAGGUAUAUCCUGCUAGCGGAGACAACUUUAGUACCAUUUCUCAGGAGGAAGUUCCUUCUCGUGUUUCUGCCAAAGACAGCGUCGCGAGAAAAUGGGGAAGCGAUUAAUCACUUGUCACUAGCACGUGCUUUUCUUCUCGUAUUCUAAUAUUGUUAGUGCUUUUUGGUUAGCUUGCUUUUUCAUUCAGUGAGGAAGAGGAGAUUUGAGAGAUCCAUAGGUGAAAAUUGAUUCAUUAGUUUCGAGUUUAUAUGUCCUUAACAUUUGAAAUGGAAAUAUAUAAAAUUUUGUAAUACUUUGAGGUGUACAUGGUGGAGUUGCUUGUA